AUGGCUCCCAUUCUCAAGAAGUACAAGGCCGCAGCUGUCAAUGCUGAGCCCGGCUGGUUCAACCUGGAGGAAUCCGUCCGCCGGACCAUCCACUGGAUUGACGAAGCUGGCAAGGCCGGAUGCAAAUUCAUUGCUUUCCCUGAGCUCUGGAUUCCUGGAUACCCCUACUGGGCGUGGAAGGUCAACUACCAGGAAAGCCUGCCUCUGUUGAAGAAGUACCGCGAGAACAGUCUUCCCUCCGACUCCGAUGAGAUGCGUCGCAUCCGCAAUGCCGCCCGGGCUAACAAGAUCUACGUGUCUUUGGGCUACUCCGAGGUGGACUUGGCCAGUCUGUACACCACCCAGGUCAUGAUCUCCCCCUCGGGUGAUAUCAUCAACCACCGUCGCAAGAUCAGAGCCACUCAUGUUGAGCGCCUGGUGUUUGGUGACGGCACUGGUGACACCACCGAGUCGGUCAUGCAGACGGAUAUCGGCCGUGUCGGCCACCUCAACUGCUGGGAGAAUAUGAACCCUUUCAUGAAGGCGUAUGCUGCCUCCUUGGGAGAGCAGGUGCACGUUGCUGCCUGGCCCCUGUACCCGGGCAAGGAGACAUUGAAGUACCCGGAUCCCUUCACCAACGUGGCCGAGGCCAAUGCGGACACCGCGCAGCUUGUCACACCCGCCUAUGCGAUCGAGACCGGCACCUUCACCCUGGCGCCGUGGCAGACGAUUACCGCCGAGGGAAUCAAGUUGAACACUCCCCCGGGCAAGGAGCUGGAGGACCCUCGCAUCUACAACGGCCACGGUCGCAUCUUCGGUCCUGACGGUCAGAACCUUGUUCCUCACCCGGAUAAGGACUUUGAAGGGCUUUUGUUUGUUGACAUCGACCUCGAUGAAUGUCAGCUUUCCAAGUCUCUGGCCGACUUUGGCGGCCACUACAUGCGCCCCGACCUGAUCCGCCUGCUGGUCGACACCAACCGCAAGGACCUCGUGGUUCACGAGGACCGAGUGAACGGAGGAGUUGCAUACACCCGGACAGUUGACCGGGUUGGAUUGUCGGCUCCUUUGGAUGCCUUGAACGCUGCUGCUGCGGAUUCGGAGAACUAG